UCGACCUAUUUUUAAGAAGGUUUCUAUAUUUUUUGAACUUGAGUAUUGGAAGUUUCUGCCGGUUAGACACGUUCUCGAUGUGAUGCACAUCGAGAAAAACAUUUGCGAAGCUUUACUUGGUACUAUGCUUAAUAUACCCAAGAAGACAAAAGAUAAGGAAUCUGUCCGGCUAGACAUGGCUGAAAUGGGAAUAAGAACGGAGCUAAGGCCAAAAAAUCCCGGGAGAAAGGAGAAGUUACCAUUGGCAUCUUGGAAUUUAACUCAUUCGGAAAAAAAAGUAGUUUGCUCAUCAUUUCUUGGCAUGAAGUUGCCUGAUGGCUUUUGUUCAAAUAUUAGAAGUUUAGUUUCAAUGGAAACUCUUCGACUUACUGGAAUGAAAUCUCACGACUGCCAUAUGAUCUUGCAUCACUUGCUCCCAAUUGCGAUACGAUCGUCACUGCAAAAACAGGUCAGAAACACUGUCAUCAGGUUUUGUCUCUUUUUUAAGGCAAUUUGCAGUAAAGUUAUUGAGGUUGAUAAGUUGGAGAAAAUGCAAUCCCAGCUGGUGGAAACUUUGUGCCACCUUGAAAAGUACUUCCCCCCUUCCUUGUUUGAUGUGAUGUUUCAUCUCUCGGUCCAUCUUGUACGAGAAGUAGAGCUUUGUGGACCAAUUUUUUUGAGGUGGAUGUAUCCAUUUGAGAGAUAUAUGAAGACAUUUAAAGGGUAUAUAAGAAAUCGGGCUCGCGCAGAAGGUUGCAUAGCUGAGGCCUAUAUUGCAGAAGAAGCUGUUGAGUGUUUGGUGAACCAUGAGGAGGCUACUGUUGGGAUACCAAAAAAUGGCAGGCAUAGGAAUGAUGCUGUUUGUAGGCCAUUAUCUGGUGCAUCAGUUAUAACUCCGAGCGACAAUGAUUUGCAUUUAGCCCAUUUAUGUGUUUUACAAAAUACGGCUUCGGUUAGGCCAUAUUUUAAUGAACACAUGUGUUUUUUGAUGACCAAAUAUCCGGAAAAUGAAAAUAAUGAAAUGUGGCUAAAGAAUAAGCAAAAUGAGACAUUCCCAGAAUGGUUCAAAGAAAAGAUUGCUUCAAAUUUUCUCGACGAAAUGGAGAUAUCACAAGAAAUCAGAUGGAUCGCAGAUGGGCCCAAUAAGGAUGUCCCUACAUUCAAUGGUUACAAAAUGGAUGGGAUUACCUUUAGCACCAAAGAUCGUGAUGAUACACGUAAUGUUCAGUGCAGUGGCGUGUGUGUUCAAGCCGAUACCAUGGUUGUGCAGGGGAAGGAUCAAAUUGUUGAGCAUGCCUCGCCUACAUUUUAUGGAGUGAUAAUAGGUAUAUGGGAGUUAGACUAUAACAACUUUAGGAUCCCUAUUUUUCGUUGUAAUUGGAUUGAUAUGAAUAGAGGGACUAAGGUAGAUGACUUGGGUUAUACUUUGGUUAAUUUGAAUAGGUUGGGGUUUUUUAAUGAUCCAUUUGUGUUAGCAAAACACGUUAAACAAGUAUGUUACAUAGAUGAUCCUCUUGAUAAAUUAUGGUCCGUGGUGUUGAAAUUACCCGAGAAAAACUAUCAUGAGGACAAUGAUGAAGAAAAUGAGGGAUCCGUGGAAGUAGAACUUGAGAAUGAGUUCUUUAUACCAAAUUUGCCGGAUGUUGAUUUAGACGAGGCAACAACUAGUUAUAUGCGAGACGUAGAUGAACUAAUUCAACUUUUAUGAUGUAAUUUUAUUUGAUUCUUAGUUUGGUGAUGAACUAAACUAA